CUCAACCUGUGUUAAAGAGUCUGUUUACUGAGAAUGUUCCUCAAAAUUUUAACUGUCACCUCAAUCUUCAUAUACACUGUUGCCUCUGAUGAAGGAGAUCAGCUAUGGGAUGUUAAGUUGGAUCCACUACAGUUAUAUCAUCACAAUGAAAGCUGGAUAACAAUUUGUUAUGAUGGUAUAAGCAUCAAUGUAGCUCAUGUUGCGUGUCGACAAAAAGGAUUCAUUAAUGCUACUACUUUCAAAAUAAGUGACUCUCCAGUGGUGUCUGAUUGUGUAAUCACUCAAGUUUUAUGUCCAUCAACUUCAAAUUACUCUAUAUAUGGUGAAACCAAUAUUAUGCGGUGUAACAUCUCUGAUCCUGUUCCAAAGAAAAAAACAUGUAGAUCUGCAAAAAUUAUUUGCAAUACUAAGCAUACUCUAGUAAAAACUAAUCCUUACAAAGGUCAAGUUCAUCUUGUUGACAGUAAUACUGCUACACCAGCUGAUGGUACAGUUGAAGUACAUUUUGGCAAUGAGUGGUAUCAUGUGUGUAACAAUGCAGCCUUCACUAAUACAGUAGCUGAUUCAAUAUGUAGACAGUAUGGAUACACAGGACAUGAUACUUGGGCUACAGAAACUCCAUCUGUCAAGUCAUUGAAGAGUAUUAACGCCACAGAAUACACUUGUACUAGUGAAACUGGUUCUUUUGAAUGUUUUACCCACUGUAUGAUACCAAGCAAGUAUAAGAUUAUUGGCAGCUGUGAUGAGCAUGUGAGAUUAACAUGUAAGUUUAAUAUCACUAAGAAGUAUUUGACAAGUGGAUCUCGAAGCCAAUGUGCUUUGGAUGAGGACAGUCAUCGUGACAUAAUUAUUAUAGGAGUACUCAGUUCUCUGCUUUUUAUUAGUCUCCUAGCGUUAUUUAUCAUAAGCCUUCUAUUCUGUUGUAAAAAAAUUAAAAAGAUGAAACACCAUGGUGGCCGCUCCAGAAAAAUUCAAUCUAACAAAAUAGUUGGGGAUGAUUUUCAACUAAAUGAUCGAAAACCACUGAAAGACUACUACCAAAGCGGGUAUGGUUCAGCUGAUUAAUAUUCGAGUAUGGUAAAUAAGAGAAAGGGAGCUGAUUCUAAGAAGCCCAAGGCAGAAAGCAAACCAGGAAAGAUACGAAAAAAUAAACCUACUAAAACUAAUAAGGAAAGACUACUCACUGCUUUAUGUCUCACAAAACGUGUCAACAAUUCAAGGUCACCUUCUUUGCAUAAUGAGAAAGAAAAAUCAGCUUGUAUCCCAUCAUCUUCGCCAGAACAGGCUCGUGCUAUUGCUGAAA